GGGCGGUAGCCGAGGACCGCGUCUCUGCCUCUCGCCGGGGCUGGCCGGGGACCGGCGCGCCGGGCGCGGGGGCUGCCGGCGGAUGAGCGCGGCCCGGCGGCGGCUGCGGAUGAGCCGGGCGAAGGAGCUGGUGGCGUACUGCCUGUUCCUGGGGCUGUCCGUGCCCCUCCUGCUGCUGCUGCCGCUCCUCUGAGAUGCGCCGGGCGGCGGCUCGCCCCCGCCGCGGGGGGACGGGCGGGAGGAGCUGGCGGCAGCCCCGCUCCGCCGCCCGGCGUGCGGCCGGCGGCAGCGGCAGCCCGAGGCACUGACGCUCCGGCGGGGGAGGAUGAGGCGCUGGAACGAGCUUUGCAGCCGUGCCACCCAGCCUGCGCCGGCGGGCGGGCUGCCUCUUCCCGCGGGGGGGCCCGGCUGCGGCCCCGGCCGCGCUCUGCCCCUGUAGAGGCUGCGAUGCCGCCGCGCUCGCCGCUCCCGCGCCUCGGGUGACAGGCACGCCGAGCAGAGCCGCGGCCUCGCAGCUUUCCCUUUCGCCUUCCAAAGUUGGGCUUCGGUGGCUCGGGGUCGGGGCGGCGGCGCCUCCACCCUGGAGCGGCCCCGAUGGGCCCGCGGCCGCAGACCGUGUCACCGCGGCCGCCCUCCUGACCCAGCCCCCGCGCCCGCGGGACGGCUGCUGUAGCCGGGGGCGGCUGUAGCCGGGGGCGGCCGCGGCGCUCGCGUUGCUGCAAAGCCGCUCUGCGGGGCGGAGUGUGUCCCCGCCGGCUCGCCGUGCGGGGAGGCGGGCCGGGGGCCGGCUGAGAUGGGAGAGAGCAUGUCCAAGAGGCUGAAGCUGCAGCUGGGCGGUGAAGCGGAGAUGGAGGAGCGGGCUUUCGCCAACCCCUACCCCGACUACCAGCCCCAGGGAGCCGUGGCAGCCACCAGCGCGGCGGACGCCCACCGGGACAGGGCGCUGCAGCCGCCGGCGGAGGAGGAGUCCCUCCCCUUCGGCGCCGAUGGGAAGGUCAAUGCUCGGUUCUCAAAACGGAUCCAGGCAAAAAUCAAGGACCUUCUGCAACAAAUGGAGGAAGGGCUGAAGACAGCAGAUCCACAUGACUGCUCUGCCUAUACUGGCUGGACUGGUAUUGCCCUCUUAUAUCUGCAACUAUACCGCGUCACGAAAAACCAGAGCCACUUGCAGCGAUCUCUUGAUUACGUGAAGAGAAUCCUUCGCAAUCUGAAUGGCAGGAGAGUUACUUUCCUCUGUGGUGACGCUGGGCCAUUGGCAGUGGGUGCAGUGGUUUACCACAAGCUGAAAAACAGCAGUGAGUCUCAAGAAUGUGUUGCCAAGUUGUUGCAACUCCAAAGGACAGUCAUCAGCACAGAUUCCGAACUUCCAGACGAGCUGCUCUAUGGCAGAGCAGGUUAUCUGUAUGCCUUGCUGUACCUGAACACUGAAAUCGGUCCAGACACUGUCCCACAGUCUGUUAUCAAAGAGGUAAUAGAUGCUAUUAUUGAGUCAGGGAAAAACUUCUCGAAGGAGGAGCGGAAAACAGACCGUUGUCCUCUGUUGUACCAGUGGCACAGGAAGCAGUAUGUUGGAGCAGCCCAUGGGGUGGCUGGGAUCUAUUACAUGCUCAUGCAGCCCAUUGCAAAUGUGGACCAGGAGACCCUGACAGAGCUGGUGAAACCAAGCAUUGACUACGUGCGUCAUAAAAAAUUCCGAUCUGGGAAUUACCCAUCGUCGCUGAGCAAUGAGACUGACAGGCUGGUUCACUGGUGCCAUGGUGCCCCUGGAGUCAUCCACAUGCUCAUGCAAGCUUAUAAGACUUUUAAAGAGGAUAAAUACCUGAAAGAUGCUAUGGAUUGCAGUGAUGUCAUCUGGCAGAGAGGUUUAUUGAGAAAAGGGUAUGGGAUCUGCCAUGGUACUGCUGGCAAUGGCUACUCCUUCUUGUCUCUCUAUAACCUAACUCAGGACAGAAAGUACCUCUACCGAGCUUGCAAGUUUGCUGAAUGGUGUUUGGAGUAUGGUGCACAUGGAUGUCGUAUUCCUGACCGACCUUAUUCCCUCUUUGAAGGUAUGGCUGGAGCUAUUCACUUCCUCUCAGACAUUACAGUACCGGAGACUUCCCAGUUUCCAGCGUUUGAACUUAGACCUCAAAGGAGGGAAAACAAAGUGGAACAGGACAGCUAAAACCAUCAUCUUGAAAGGAAACUGAUGCCAAAAGAGAUGAGACUGUUUUGUGCCUCUGAUAGCGAAUGAACUUGACGCUGAACUGACAGAUGGAUAAAGCCCUUUUCUCACCCCUCCUGCCCCAAAGGACCAUGAAGUCAUUAAGAGCAUGAACAGGAGAAGCGACACUUAAGUUCUGUUAAAGUGACACCUUCAGAUGUAGGACCAGAGAAGUCAAGUUUUGAACUUUCUCUUUUCUGUUGUAUUUGUCUUCUUCAGGUCUUUGCCAUGCUCUGCACGUUUAUUGGUGUUGUGUGUUGAUCCGAGUCUUUUGUUGUUAGCCAAAAGCUGGUCUCCGUGUGAAUCUCUGUCCUGUACCUUCGUGCAUGACUCACAAGAGCAGUGUUGCUUUCUGCAGCGUGGUUACCCGUAGAGAGAGUUCGCUGCAGGACGGUGCCCAGCUUCACUGGUGUGCUGGCAGCUCUACAAAGAGAUGAAAAACGUUUCUGUGUUCAUUUUUUCCUGCCUUUUUCUCCACAGUCCUUACAAGCUAGGCUGGUGGAGAUCAGCCUGUUUUGAUGAAGAGGCAUGAGGCCAUUUCCAUUUUCAGAAAGUUAGCAGGUUGGAAGGGAUCUGACUUGUCUUUUGCUGCUGUUGUGGGAGGCUUCUUUGAAAGUCUGAAAGAGAGGUUCCCUUUGAUACCUGCAGCUGGUUAGUGUGUUAGGUGCUUAUAGCAGGGUGGAGAUGCUUUUCCCCACUGCUGCAAAGCCCCAUGAGCUCACGCCAUGCCAUGAGCUUAAACUGCAGGUGGAGUCACUCAGACUAACCUCCCCCUGCCACCAACAGCAGAACCUGAACAGCAUAACUGCUUCUCCUUUCUUAGACCUCGAUUUGGAAUAAACCUCUCCUGCAGCAUCUCAUACACAGAUGAGCAAGGGAGGGUGCCUCCCCUCCCAAGUAGUAGUACAGGAGUGAUAAAUAAAGCUUUUGGAAGCUGCAGAGGAUUAUUGAGCAAUAUGAAGCCAUUGCUAGGGGUUGUAAUUGAAGUAUAUUUAAUCUUCAAAUCCACACAGAAAAGGCUCUUUUCCCAUAGUCUUCAAUGCUGCUAGGGCUUUUCUUCCCCCUGUAGUGUGGUGGGGUUGUGAAAUACCAGACUUGCCUCCAGGUGCUCCUGAGUAUCAGGCCAUUGGUUUGGGAGAACACAUGUACUCUUAGAGCAGGCUUAUGUGUCCAGGUAGUACCUGAAGUGUAGCGCACUCCCAGUCACUCAGGCUCUGUGGUCAUCCUCCCCCAGGUCUCCUUGUGCUCUUGUCAGUCAGGUGCUGAUUUUAAUUGGUAUCUUCUGUCAGGUGCAAGUGUGACAGAUGGCACAGUUUGACCUUUUGGGCUCACAUUGGGACAUCUGUGACCUGUGGGCCAUCUGCUGAGUGCCAGUGUAUGACGUUGGGCUUGGAGAUGCAUUGUUGCUCUUGCAUAAAUCGGUCUUGAUUUGUCACCUUGCAGGUGACUUCCUUGAGCACAUUCCAGUGUCCGUUGCCAAAUCCCUUGUGAUGUUAAUAAUUUCCCCAUUCAGUUCUGCUGGACAGCAGCAGCAGUGUAAGUGCACAAACAGCUUAACAUCACAGUGUAGCAGCUUCUCUGCUGGUUUGUCAGGGAGGAUUAAAACAUGGGAGCAGCAGAAGAGACUUCUCCACCCCUCUGGCAAAGGCAGAAGGUGAUAUGAGAGCAACAAACCCAGCUGCAUCUCUACAGCCAGAGAUUGGGGAAAAUGCUGAAAGGCAGUGGGAAUGGGGAAUGCUGCAUGGCAAGCAGCUGGGCUGAAGCAAACAGGAGCAGAGCAGAAAAGUGAGGAACAGAAGGAGUUAUUCACGUGAGGGAUUAGUGAGAAACAGGAAGAGCUGAUCGUGGAGGCAACGUGUAGUGUACCAGCAGAAACAUCUCGAUGAGAGAUUCCUCCAUGCCAAGAGCUAACUCUGUUUCUUUCUUCAGCCUGUGGAUCCCUCAUCCUGCCCAUAGAGAAGCCAGGAAGGAAACUUGGCCAGGAAGUCUGAGAGAAAUGCUAACAGAGGUAGAUGCCAGCUCAGAGCAUGUUGGGUGUGUUAACAGACUCACCACAUUUACAGGAACUGCCUGCAAACACUGGUCACCCUGGCAAAUCCCAAGCCUCUGUUGUAUGGACUGUUUAACUAGGUAGGUUUUUCAUUUAGUGAUUAUAUGCAUAUUGGUCUUGGCUACUGUGCUUGGAAUGCCUCCUGUGGGAGGUGAGUUUGGCUGGCUGGGGCCUGAAGGGAAUUCAAACCUGCUAGUUUUAAAAAUACACAGAUAUAUACACACUAAGAACAGCUGAAUGCCGAGCAGAUCCCCAAGAUGCUGCAGUGUACCUGUCAAGCUAAUGAGCAAGUCAGCUACCUGCUCUUCCGUACCAUAGCCAGCCUUCUGCCAUGGUGGGGCCUGGCACCAUCUUUCUCUGCAGAAUCCUCUCCCAACUGAGUAGGACUGGAAAUGUAUCGAGCUGGGAAGUGUCUUGACAGUGCAUCUGCCUCAUCUUCCUGACGUGACUUUCCCCGUGGCUCCUUUCUGUUCGUCACAGCAUUGUGAUAUCUAGGUGGCCCCUUAAGGAAAGAUAGGGUGUGAAGGUGAAAAAGUGCAUUUCACCAAGGCAUUGUCUUCAGAAAUGACAUCAAACUACAAAUGUAGAAAAUGUCUUAAUAAUCCCUGGUUUGCUUUGUCCGUGUGUUAUUAAACCUGUUGCAAAAAGCAGUAGUGUUAAAAAUGGAAAUGCUCUUUGGGCAGAAAAAGAGGAAAAUAUGCUGAUGUUUUGUUCUUUGGCUUUAUUAGUAAAGAUCAAGCUAUGUGGUGGUAA